AUGUCAGCGAACGCGUCUCGUCUGAAAGAAGCGGCCGAGUGCGAGAAAAGAGCAGAAGACUGUCUGAAGACGUCGAUUAUCAAGCUGAAACUGAAGCCGGACUAUGACGGAGCGGCCACCGCCAUGGAAAGAGCCUCUGUGUGUUAUAGGUGCGCGGACCAGACCAGGGCAAAUCGGCAUUGUUUCUCUCGAUAGUUUUUCGGAUAAUAUUCUCGGCUCUCACCGAUUUUGCAACUCAUAGCGCCGUUAGAGUUGCGAAAGCCGUUAGAGUUGCGAAGCGUAGCGGUUGCGGAACGUAUGAGUUGCGAAAAUAGCGCCUCGAAAUUUGUGCUCUGAAAUGUUUGAAAACAAAUUGUGUAAAGUAGUCAAUUUUCAGAAAUGCACAAGAUCCGCGAAAAGCCGCCGAAAGUCUGAAGAAGGCGGCCGAGUAUUACGAGCAGAACCGGAAUUUGUUCCACGCGGCCAAGUGAGUGAAUAAUGAUCGCGAGCAAACUUUGCAGACUUCUUGUACUUGGUUGGAAGUAUUUCGGUCUGAAAUUUCAGACCGAUCCGAUCAUCUGCUCCCGAGAUUUAAUUUACGCAAAAACUCGGCUUUUUUGCUCUAAAAUCGAUAUAUCUCGGGACCAGAUAAUUGAAUCGGUCUGAAACUUGGACCCAAAAUACUUCAAACCAAGUCCAAGACGCCCGAUCGGAUUAAUGCGAGUGGGUUUCUAAAAGCCUAGACCUCGACAUGUAUUAAAAUUUCCAAUUGCAGAGCUCGUGAAGGAGCGGCGAUGCUGCUGCGGGACAUCAAAGAGUUCUCCGAGUCGGUCGUUCUGUUCGAGAAGGCGAUCGACGGGUACGCGGAGAGCGGAUCCCUCGACACGGCCGCGAUGACCGUCGAGAAGGCGGCCGAUGUGCUCAAGAAUGACGAUCCCAAAAAGGCCCUGGCGGUAGGCUUUUUUUUCCCGGAUUUGCAGAAACAAUGUUUUUGCAGAUUUUCCAACGCGGUCUCUCACUUGUCCAACAAUCGGACCGCGCAAAAAUGGCCAGUCAAUUUCUGAAGCAGAUCACGAAGUUGAGUCUGCAAUUGAACGAGUACAAAGAGGCGCUGGCCUCGAUCCGAGAGGAAAUCGAGAAAUUCGUCGAAAUUCGGGUACGCACCUUCUUUUGGAAAACACAUGCACUUUCAGUAUUUUUAUUCGUAAUUUCAGGAGUACCCACGCAUCGGACAACUCGGAAUCGGUCUGGUCCUGGUCAAUCUGGCCCUCGAGGACUCGGUGGCAGCCACGAAGGACUACGGAUGGGUCAUCAGGUUGGUUGGUGCGGGAACGCUUGCUGACUCCCCUCGUUUUCGCAACUCUUGGAUACUUUACAACCGAACGUUUCGCAACGGGUCGGUUGCGAGAAGUAGCAAUUGCGAAAUGUCCGGUUUCGAAGUGUCUGGUUGCGAAUCGUACGAGUUGCGAAAACGAAAAUUCGCUCAUUUUUUGCAGCCAAUCGCCGGAUUUCCAAUUCUCGGACGACGGUCGUGUUUGCGAGAAUCUCAUAGGAUAUUAUGAAGCCGGAGACGACGAAUCUUUCCAGAAUGUCCUUAAAAACGGAGUCUUACGCUCUAUGGAUAAUGAGGUUUGAACAAAAAAUGAAUGUUUCAAUUCAAAAUUGUCCUUUUCCAGUACUUGCGUGUGAUGAAAACGCUGAAAGCGCCGGUCGGAAAUUCCGGAGGAAACGACGACGAAGAAGAGGACGAGGGAUUGUGCUGA